ACGUUUUACUUAAAUAGUUCUUUCAGGAUGAGCAAGGGAAAUGUUGGUACUAGUUCUCCCCUUGAGAACCCUACCUUUGCUUCACUCGAUAAAAAACUCGCCUUUGCCAAGCGCUGCUCUCGUGAGGGUGUGCUAGCAGGAGCUAAGGCAGCAGCUGUUGCCAGCAUUGCCACUGCCAUUCCUACCCUGGCUAGUGUGAGGAUGGUGCCUUGGGCAAGAGCCAAUCUCAAUCACACUGCUCAAGCUCUCAUAAUUUCCACAGUGACGGUAGCAGCAUACUUCAUAGUAGCUGACAAGACCGUUUUAGCAUCAGCUAGAAAGAACUCGUUCAAGCAAAAGCAACCCUCCAAUUCUGAAGCAUGA